AUGGGUGAGGUGACGAUUACUCUGGAGGAUGUCCACCAUCUGCUUGGACUGCCUACAGAUGGAGAGGUUGUAUCUGGCCGCGUUGGAGGUCAUCCCUUCUCCCGGAUGGUGGGAGAUUUUUUGGGCGUUCAGCCGGGUCGGUCGCGCGACUUAUAUAAAAACCAAAUUUCGCUUACAUUUCUGAGGGAACGGUAUCUAAAUUGGCAUGAAUGGUCUGGAAAUGAAGUUGACCGUAUGCGAUACACACGUGCAUUGAUUUUGCGCAUUAUAGGUGGUUGCCUCUUCGUUGAGACUGCAUCUAGCUUCGUCCAUGCGCGGUAUCUCCUAUUUUUGGAUGAUUUUCAGAGGACUAGGACGUAUUCUUGGGGUUCCGCUGUCCUGGCUACUUUGUACAGGGAGUUGUGCAAGGUUACUGACCCAGGAUGA